AAAAUUAUGCUAUCUCUACAACUACUUGAAUCGUAUCUGACUCACUCACUGUCAGUGGACAAUCAGCUGAUAGCCGGGUUGAUUUUACGCUCACUUUGUACUCUAGUCUAGUAGCCAGUUAUCUUUUGAAUUUAUCCUCUUGUAGUUAUGUUGCUGUGAGAAAACAAUGUAUUUGACAUAUUUAAAUUAUUUUUCUGUCUAAAAUUUUGUUUACCCAUUGUGGAGUGUUAUUUAAACAGAAAAAAGAAUGGCUUGGAUUGGAAAUCUUAUAAAAAGGGGUUUGCAAAUUGGUGAUGCAAACCCUAAUAGGGUUGUGGAAGUAAAAUCUGAAAAGUACAGUGAUAGAUUAAUUAUUUCUCGAGAGGAUUCCAUUGUUCUGUAUUCCUGCUCAGAAAAUGAACCAAGAUAUGAAAUAAUUAUGCACAGGCCUUGCUCUGAAUCUUUGUCCCAAGCUUUCAGUUUGUUUCGAUCCGAGGUGAGGACCGAAGCUGAAGACAGAUUCAUUAUACUUAAGGAUAAAUUGCCUUUCUUGUGUAAUGUAUCAUCUAUUUCUCUUGGAGUCAUUCAAAAAUAUUGUACAGUUCUUCAAGAUAAUCCAUCCUGGAAUAUUUGCCAUUUAAUUAUUUAUUUUAACCUAAUAGAUGCGGUUACAAAGCCUGAAGUGUUAAGUCAAAUUAAUGCCAUCGAUCCAAUAAUCGGCAUAUCACCUCUUCAGUUGGCUGUAAAAGAAGGAAACCUUAAUAUGGUUGUCAAGUUAAUGCAAAACAACGCUUCUCUUGGUCAUCUGGACCAUGAAGGAAAUUCAGUCUUCCAUUUUGCUGCCACUCAAAAUAGAGAUAUUAUUAAUGCUUUAUCAAGUGGUGAUACAAAAAGUCUAAAUAUCCGAAAUUUGAACGGACAAACUCCUCUCCAUGUUGCAUGCCUUAAUGACAAGCCUGAAUGUGUAACCGCUCUCCUUGUGAGUGGUGCUGAUGUCAACCUGUCAGGUGGUUCUCCUGGUUCGUCUACAACACCACCAGGAUUGGUUGGAGAUUUAGUAAAUGAUUAUUCUAAUAAACUUCAGCCUCAGGAGAUGAAGUAUGGGGGAACUCCUUUGCAUUGGGCUGCCUCUAAGGAAGUUAUCGAUGCUCUUCUUGAUAGAAAUUGUGAUAUAGAUGCCCUUAAUUUUGCUUCUCGAACCGCCCUCCAUGUCAUGGUAUUAAAAAAUAGAUUGGAAUGUGUAGUAGCUCUGCUCUCAAGGGAAGCUGACAUGUCAAUAGCAGAUUCUAAUGGAGACACUGCUCUUCAUUUAGCAGUCAAAGAAAAAAAUAUUCCAAUAGUUCAAGCAUUAAUCGUUUUCGGAGCAGACUUAGCUCUUCUAAAUAAUGAUGGUAUGACUGCUCGUCACCUGGCUGCUUCAGACAGCAACGAGAUGAGUGCCAAGAUUCUUUAUAUCCUGCACGCUGUCGGGGCAGCAAGAUGUCCAUUUUUGAUGGCGUCUUGCCAUCCUGGAUGUGCACCAGAUGGUACAGAAAAUGGUAUUCCUCCAUCUCCAGCUCCCGGACCUGCCCACCGAGCAGUUUCUUCUCUUUUACAGUCUUCAACACUAACCGCUACACCUUCAAAAGGAUGCCGUUUGCUUUGCUUGGACGGAGGUGGUAUCAGGGGCUUAGUUCUGGUGACCCUUCUUCUCCACCUGGAAGCGGCUGUUGGUAAACCGAUAAUCCACUGCUUUGACUGGGUGGCGGCAACUUCCACUGGGGCCAUACUUGCCCUUGCUUUAGCCGCAGGUAAAAGUUUGAAGGAAUGUCUAUGCCUGUACUUCAGGCUGAAGGACCAAGCAUUUGCCGGGUUCAGGCCGUAUGCCAGCGAACCUCUAGAAACAAUGUUGAAAGAGACCCUUGGAACAGAUACGACGAUGAUUGAUAUUAAACAUCCAAAGUUGAUGAUUAUUGGGUGUUUGGCUGAUCGAAAGCCCGUGGAUAUUCAUGUAUUCAGGAAUUAUCAGGGUUCACAGGAGAUCCUGGGUGUUCCAUUAGAACGGAAAUCUGGACCUGAAUUCGAACCACUCACUCCAUACGACAAACAGUUGCUCUGGGAAGCUGCAAGGGCCAGCGGUGCUGCGCCAUCUUACUUCAGAGCAUUUGGUCGAUUUGUUGAUGGAGGGCUGAUUGGCAACAACCCAACAUUAGAUGCUUUGACUGAGAUUCAUGAGGUAAAUACUGCCCUGCGACAUAUGAGCCGCGCAAAUGAAGCUCAGGAUGUUAGCGUUGUUGUGUCCCUUGGGACAGGAUCUGUACCUUUAACAAAGGUUGACAAUGUUGAUGUAUUUUGGCCUUCUGGUAUUUGGGAAACUGCAAGAGCAGUGUCAGGAAUGAGGUCAAUGCAAGCUGUUCUUGUUGAUCAAGCAACACUCAGUGAUGGAAGAUUGAUUGACCGAACUCGAGCCAUAUGUUCUAUGCUCGGAAAACCGUAUUUCAGAUUUUCUCCGCAGUUGUCUGAAGAUAUCGCCAUGGAUGAGAAAGGAGAUGCGAAGCUUGUAAAUAUGCUUUGGGAAACAAAAGCAUAUAUAAUGUCUCAAGAUAAACUUGUCAACAGGCUUGCCACCAUUCUCUAAAAACAACAACUCAUAAAUUUCUAGUCAUCGUCAUUACAAUUUUUAUUUAAAUUGUAUGUAUAGUUGUAAAAUAAUUUUAUAAUAAUUGUUACCAUUCCCUGUUUUUAAAUAUAUAUUUAUAUUUAUUGUUUUGUUAUAAUUCCAUUGUCUUUCUACUACAUAAAUAAUGUACUCAGAGAAGUGAUUUAAUUAAGAUAAAAUGAAAAUAUUUUAUAGAAAAUAAUUAGAUGAAAUAAAUCAAAUUAUUUCAUGAUGUAAUAUUUAAUUACUAUCGAAAAAAAAAUCUUAAUUAAUAAAAUACAUGAGCAGACCAAGUGAUGUUUUAACUUAAUCCUCACCUCUGUAAACGUUUAAUAAAAAAUUUAUGAGUGAAUUUUGAAUUUUUUAUUCAUAAUAAGAAAUGUCUUCUAAGAUAAAUAUAUUCCUA